GAAGGACCUGGCGGUACUGUUGGUGAAAUCCAAGAAGUUCUCCUAAUUCUUCCAGUCAUGAGCUACCAGGUAACGGGAUUACCAAGAUCCAUACAAGUCGAAGCCUUUUGUGUGGCAAUCAAAAGCACAAUCUGACUCACUCAACACCACCACAAACGGUUGGUCCUCGAGAGUACUUCGUACAUGUACUAGUACUGCAUAGCAUAUUCCUCUUGUCUCUUGGGAUCGAUUAUCUACCAAUCUUAUCCAAGUAGAAAAUAAAGAUGGUUUGGGGACGAAUAGUCGACGCAAUAUCCACUCCAAAGCUACCGGAGGGAGAACCCACAAAAUUGCCUCAGUAUUUUCCCGUGGAACCCAAAGGUUGCGAACGGCAUGCCCAAACGCUGUUCGCUUGCUUGACCAAUGAAGCUACCGAGAAGGCCCGAGACAUGGAAAAAGCUGGGUUAUUAAAGAGCUAUUUUCCCGAUGUACAAAUGAAACCAACCGAUGAGAAUGCGGCCAAAUUGGUGGCAUCCGGUGCUGCCGCCGACAAUCCGGACCUUCCCAAACCCGGCGAGAAUCCAUUGGAUCAGUGUCGACUCCAAAUUGCCUAUUACCAACGAUGCUGCGAAAGAGAACUGAAAAAGAAAAAGAAUUGGCUGCUGACGGAGCCUUAUCGAGUGCAAGAAGAAUACAGAUACAGCAAGACCAAAAAUGAGGUUGGAAAGGAUGACUAAAUAAUGGAAUAAAGGAACUUACAGGAAAGGAUCAAGUGAUCGAGGUGCAACAACUCAAAAUGCACGCAACAAUCCACACAACGCAGACAAAUUCUCAAACUAGAUUGUCGUCAUGAGUGGAAGCAACGGUCCAAGUUUGGCACUGUAUCAUCGGGAAAGAUUGCAUGAUUAGGAAAUACAGUAGAGAUUAUGAUUCCAAAGUUUAGCUCUACCGGUACCGUACUAAAGAAGCAACCUCUCCUCAAUUCGUUACCAAAGCUAUAUCUACUUAGAAAAUCGUACUUAGCAACAUCGUUCUCCUGGGAGAGACUGCCAUGAGACCGAGGGCAGUACCAGGUGGC